CAUAUCGGCACGGAGUGACUGUCUCUGAGAAAAGGUGGAAUUUGAUGAUCCACUUCAAGUUGAUGACAAGUGUUGAGAUGAGCACACCUUUUCUUUCAGCGGUCGAGGCAGCGGUGAGCUACGAAGAGGUCACGAGAAAUUUUUUGGAUCGCAGAGUAAAAAAUUAAAGGAUCGGAGUUGACCCGAUCGCGGGUGAAACCAGGCGGGUAGCAUCGAGCUCGGCCCCAAUGUUACCCGGCACUACGAGGAUCGGAAGGAAGGCAGGAAGGAACAGGGGAGCAGCUGAGGUGCGCCAGAGAUGACAGGAGAGCUGCAGCAAGGCGAGGAGGAGGGUGCAGUCAGCGAGGGAGUUUUAUGGAGGAUCAGGAGUGGAGGAGGGAGCUAGGCAGCCAACUGGCCAGCUACAGUUGUCGGUCAGAGGUUUGCCCGAUGGGUGGAAGCUCGCACUGAGAAAGCAACGACAGCUCAAGCGAUUCGAUUACAAGCUGCGAUGUGCAGGAGCGCGGGGCUCCCGCAGAUUGAUGGGUCGUUGAUGCCAUCGGGUGUUUUGCACAGUGUGAUGCGCAGGAGACGGGAGUGAGUGUGUAUGUGUGGUGAGAAUUUCAGUGAUUCGUGACACAGAAAGUUGCACUGCAGACUGCAAAUCUAUCUGAGCCAUGGGGGCACUUUUGCUUACUUAAAGGGAGAUGGUGCAGCUGGUGCCGAUUGCUUUUUCCAGAGACGAAGCGUGAGAACGGAAGCUGUUGCAGCAGCGGUCUCUGUGUAGUCGUGCACCGAAGGAGAGAAUUCAUGCUCGCUGCAGCUGACAACCAUUCGUUCGCUUGCGCGCCUGCUCCGCAGUCAAGGAAGGGAAGGAUGAUAAUAAGAAUCAGCAUCAGUUUGGGAUGAGACUUAAUUAUUUCUUUCAUUAGCGAAGCCGACUGUUGAGGUCUUAGGAACAAGUUGCUUAUGAUGCAGAAGGGCCUUGAUUGCAGUACCCUGAAGAGCUCGUUCGGCAUUUGUGCUUUUAGAAAUCCAGCUGAAGAGUAGAAUCCAGUUUCAGACUCAGAAUCUAGGUGCUUAGCGGUCGAAAUGGGUGAUCCUUCGGAAGGAGGGACCAGGCACGGCAAAGGCAGAGAUUCGCCCCGAUGGUCGAUGCGCGACGUAAAGAAACAUGCGCAGCAGAAAUUCGUCUCUACGGUUGACAGGCUUACUAGUUUCCAUCGGGGAAGCGGUUCCUCAAACAUUAAGGAUAUAUUAAAGCAUUCAGGUCAGGUGAAUGUGUCUGUCGGACCUGUUAUCGGCAAGGUCACAGAUUGUACAGCAAGAAUUCUGCUCGAAGUUGGUGAGCCCGGAGAAAUCUCCAUGCAGCUUGAGGAGGAGAGUGUGCAAAAUGGUGUUCCUAAUGGCCAGCCUGCAGCUAAGAGCAAGCACAAGAAGAAAAGUGGACUAAUCGUGAAGAAGUCUUUGGUUGCAAUGAGACCGGCCAUAUUUGUGUUCGAGAAUCUCAAUCCAGAAACUCGAUACCAUGUGAGGCUGAAAGGAUGCUAUCCAACGGUCCCGAGUAGUUUCUGCACAUUUCCCAGAAUCGCUCCACCAUCUCUCAAUUUCGCAAUCAUCAGCUGCAACAAGAUAUUCAUCACAGAGAAGGAGAUUCCGGUUCAUUCGGAUCUUUGGGCACAUCUCGAAAAGAUGAUUAGGCUCAACAAAGUGAAUAUGUGCCUACAUCUUGGUGACCAGAUCUACGGAGACGGAGAUAAACUACUGGAUGCAGAGGCGGGAGAAGAACCUGGAGACUGGUCAGAUUGCUUUAAAAAGUCCAAUAGUCUGCUUGCGGAUUUUACGAAAGAUCAAUGGGAGGAACACUAUGAAACUGUCUGUGAAUUUUAUCGAGAAGUCUAUAGAAGGACCUGGCGUCACUUGCCCACAGCGUACUGCUUAGCGAACUGUCCCAAUCUCAUGAUUUAUGAUGAUCACGAAGUCCGUGACAACUGGGCUGACCUUGCAGAGGACUGGAAUAAAGAAAGCAGUGAUUUCUUCAUUGCGGUGUGUGCCUGGAGGGUAAAUCUCGAGUACCAGCGACAACUCCAUGAAGACGUGAAUUUCGACAAGCUGGAGGCUAUAGACAGGGAUUAUCAUUUCCAUUUAAUUGCUGGAGUGGCCAUCAUGUUCAUUGACAUUCGAGGGUCUCGUACGUUCUUCCGUUGUGAGGAUCAAGAAUCCUCCCAGCACAGAUACUUGGGCGCUCAACAGUGGAAAGAUAUUAGCGGGGUUAUGGGCACUGGUGGUCUUUUCGAGCAAGCAAAUGUCUUGUUGGUUUGUACUCCAGCUCCUCUUGUAUUUCUAGAUCACAACUUUACUGACGUUGCGUCGAACGUUCCUCGACUUGUGGAUUUCAAAGGCCAUUGGUCAGCGAAUCUACAUUACGAGGAGCAGAAACGCAUGAUUGAUAUCCUGUUUGCUUGGAAGGGAGCUUCCACAAAGCGAGACAUACUUGUUCUUGGAGGUGAUGUGCAUUGUGGUGGUCACUCGGAGAUCAUCUAUGAUCGCCAAGAGUCUAUACGGCAGCUGACAACCAGUGCAAUAGCCAACCAUCCUCUUCCCAAAUCAGCUUACUACUUACUCCGAGCUGCUGGCAACCUGGCAGCCGCCACUGGCCGGAAGUUCGCAUUUCGUCAUCAUGAUUGGACCAGAUCUCGCAAUUACGGGCUCGUGCAGAUAAAGAACCAGCCAGACGAUUCUCGACCGGAAGUCACCUCGCAGCUUAUAAAGGGGAAAUUUAUGAUCGGGAUCAAAGAGGGAAAGAAAGUGAGCAAUUUUGAUAAGACCAAAAUGCUUGGCUGUGAAUCAUGGCUCUGUCCAACUGGUCGAAGUUAUCGGUAGCCCUUGUCCCACCCCACAACCCUCGAGCCUUGUAUUUCUGCUGUCAAGAAAGUAGCUAUUUUUAUUAGCGACAUGUAGUUGCAUACUUGGAGUCACCCGCGCCACUCCUUCUACAUGACCUGUAUUGAAGACGAUGUACACGUCUUAUUUCAGCGGGACCAGGAAGCCAUUUAGAUUUUCCGGAGGAAUUGCUUAAAUGUAAAUGAAGGGGCUUAUUAUACCCUGAGGUCAUUUUUCGACACAGACCAUCAUCAUGCUAGAGGGAUUUUCACCUAUCGCCAGGUCUGUUAUGUCCUAGAAUUGCAAUUAGAAGUGCUGCCUUAUAUAUAGUUGUGAAUUAGUGUAUGUAGAGCCGGAAUCAAACUUUGCCAGAUUUCUCAUGUCGAAGAAAUGUUACGAGGUCCCUGCAUCGGUGUAGAUUGAAGAUUAUGACCUGUACCAUUCACGGAUGUAAUAAAAUACCAUC